UUUGACUCACAGAGGCUUGAUGACAGGAUGAACGCACUUCACCAGGUGCUGCUUGCUGCACUUUUCAGUGCACUGGUCUUUGAUGCCACCUAUGGAGAGGAAAUCAUUCAUGGCAGGAAAGCCAAGAAGAACUCCCUGCAGUACAUGGCAUCAGUGCAGGUCAACGGGAAGCACAAAUGUGGAGGAUUCCUCAUAGACGCCAGCUACGUACUCACUGCUGCCCACUGCGAUGACCGGGACAACAUGAGUGUGGUCCUCGGGGCUCAAGACAUCUCCAGAAACAAUCUGGUUCGAUAUGUAGUGAAGAGCAAGCACAAACACCCAUCAUACAAAGAUCCUAAGACUGGAAAUGACAUCAUGCUUCUGAAGCUUUCCAGCUCAGUUAAACAGGGUAAAUUUGUGAAGAUUGUCAAGAUCCCAAGCAAGGACAAACCACUGAAGCCAAAGACCAAGUGCCAGGUCGCAGGAUGGGGAAAAACUGAAAAACAGAACUCAGUAAAUGACCUGCUGGUGACCGAUGUGUCAACUGUAAGUUUGAAAGACUGCCAGAAAGAGUGGGCUAUUGUGAAGAUCAAACCCCCGCCCAAUGUGCUGUGUGCAGGUGGCUAUGGGACAAAAAGUGGUGCAUGCCAGGGUGAUUCUGGUGGGCCUCUGGUGUGCAGUGGGACAGCAGUGGGCAUCGUCUCCUUCAAUUUCAAUGGAGAUUGUAACUAUCCAAAUGUGCCCAAUGUCUACACUCAGAUUUCAAAGUUCACAACCUGGAUUAAGAAAACAAUCAAGAAAGGUGCUUCCACCCAUGGAGAGGAAAUCAGUAAUGGUAAGAAAGCCAAGAAGAACUCUCUGCAGUACAUGGCAUCAGUGCAGGUCAACGAGAAGCACAAAUGUGGAGAAUUCCCCAUAGACGCCAGCUAUGUACUCACUGCUGCCCACUGCGAUGAAGGGAUGAAUGCACGUCAGCAAGUGCUGCUUGCUGCAGUUUUCAGCACAUUGACAUAUGAUGCCACCCAUGGAGGGGAAAUCAUUAAUGGUAAGAAAGCCAAGAAGAACUCACAGAAGUACAUGGCAUCAGUGCAGGUCAACGGGAAGCACAAAUGUGGAGGAUUCCUCAUAGAUGCCAGCUACGUACUCACUGCUGCCCAAUGUGAUUACAGGGGGAGCAUGAGCGUGGUCCUCGGGGCUCACAACAUCUCUGCAAACCCUCUGAUCAGAUAUGAAGUGAAAGACAAGCACAAAUGCCUAUCAUACAAAAAAGUCAGCACCGGGGAUGAUAUCAUGCUUCUGGAGCUUUCUAAGAAAGUUCAACAGGGUAAACCUGUGAAGAUUGUCAAAAUCCCAAGCAAGGACAAACCAGUCAAGCCAAACACCAAGUGCAUGGUGGCAGGAUGGGGAAAGACAGAGAAACAAAAUGCAGUAAAUGACCUCAUGGUGACCUCUGUGUCAACCAUAAGUGACAAAGACUGCAAGAAGAAGUGGAAUAAUACACUCCCACAUAACGUUCUGUGUGCAGCGACAAAAAGUGGUGUAUGCCAGGGUGAUUUCGGUGGGCCUUUGGUGUGCGGUGGUGUAGCAGUGGGCAUCGCCUCCUUCAGUUCCAACAGAGAUUGCAAACAUCCACAUGUACCUGAUGUCUACACUCAGAUUUCAAAGUACAUAACCUGGAUUAAGAAAAUAAUAAAGAAAGGUGCUUAG